AUGGCAACCGCUACUGAGAAGUUUCAACCACCUACUGUUCCAAGGGAUUCAGAAGGUUUUGUGAAGAGUUUCAAUCUUUCUAGUUACGACUGUCCGGAAGCUGAUGAUGCAUGCGCAUUUUUCGAUCAAUAUGGUUUCGUAGUCAUUGCAAAUGUAUUCACACCCGAGCAGUGUGCAGAAACGAUCUCGGAUAUUUGGAAUGUAGUCGAGUCUUUUGCCGAACAAUCUAUUCGAAACGAUGAAAAUCUCUGGGAUGCUCAGCGGUGGCGUAGGACAGGUCAUGAACAAGUAGGGCUCGUUGGUAAUGCUAGUCUCUGGACUCGUCAAAUCAUACUUAAUCGGCAAACACCCGCUUUGCAUACUGCUUUCGCAGCUGUUCUCGGAACAAGAAAGCUCUUGACUAAUCACGAUCGCUAUGCAUUAUUUCGACCGGCUCAGAUGCAUUCAGAACGAGGAACAAUGACGAAUCUUCAUUUAGAUAUGAAUCCAUGGAUAUAUCUCCAAGAUACCGAUAAUUCCUAUCAAAUCAGUGUUCUCAGCAGAUUAAGCUAUAAGCGCGAUAAUGAUUGGAUCACAGAAAACAAUGAACCAGGUUGUAGUGCAAUCGGCGAACGACAUGUACAAGGUCUAGUUAAUCUCACUGAUAAUCUCGAAGAAGAUGGUGGCUUUUGGCUUGUUCCGGGUUUUCAUAAAUAUCUACCACAAUGGACGAUUGAGCAUGAAAAUCUUCUUUCACAGUAUGGCUUAUGUUCAACCUUUAAUCUCUUUAAGGAGAGUGUAGUCCCAGAGCUUUAUGCAGCUGCUUGUCAUAUAUCUAGUCGUGCUGGCUCAGCCAUUCUAUGGGAUCAACGUACAAUGCACGGGUCAAGAGCGAAUAACAGUCUGCGUCCUCGUUACGCCCAAUUCUUUAAAAUGUUUCCUGCUGAGCAUCCUGCUAUGACUGAAAAACGAGCCGAAAAUCGACGAAAUGGAAUAUUGACUAAGCUUCGAGCUGUCAAUAUCAGUCCCGAGACAGAUCUGAGUUUUUUGGGACGAAAGUUGUUCGGACUUGAACAAUGGUCUGAUUAA